AUGGUUUUUGUCGAAUUUCCAAUCACAAUUCAGAACCUAGAGAUGCCGUCCAAUAAACAAAAAUGCAAUAAGGGCAAGCAUUAUUAUCAUAAAAGAAAGCGUUUUCCAGGGAAGAUCAGUUCGGUCUCCAUCAUUGCAUCGAUAAACAAGUCCAUUGUCAAGUGCCGCGAUCAGCUGAACAAGUUUUUAUCCGAGCUAGCGCGCAUGGUAACACCAACAUGCCGCCUCAAGGGCUUCGAGAUUCUUAGACAGGAGGAAAAGACCGACCUCGAAGCUAACAAAGUUUUUGGUCACCCUGGACUCGAACUUGAAUCCGAAACCAGCUCCAACAUUGUACCCCCAGUUCUUGUCAUACACCGCAACCUGCUUCCUCCAAUGGUUUCAGACAAAAAAGGGACGAUUGUUCUUGAUUUGGACGAAACCCUGCUGCAUUCAAGCCUCUACCCGCCUCCACCAAGGUACGAUUUCAUAGUGUCAAGAAAUAUGGACGGGGUGACGAUAAACUUCUACGUGUUAAAACGACCCGAUAUCGAUGAGUUCUUGGAGACGAUCAGCAAGAAAUACGAACUUGUUGUGUUCACGGCGGGGCACGUAGCGUACGCAUCGAAGGUGCUGGAUACUCUUGACCCGAAGGGGCUUAUAUCGCACCGGCUCUACAGGGAUUCAUGCAAACAAGUGCGAGGGAAAUUCGUGAAGGACUUGUCAGGGCUGGGGAGAGACUUGAGGAAGACUGUGAUCGUCGAUGACAACCCAAAGUCUUUUACAUUGCAACCCGAGAACGGGAUCCCCAUAAAGCCGUUUGUUGGUGAUCAGCUUUGGGACAAUGAGUUGAUGAAGUUGGCGGUGUUUUUUGAGACAUGUAAUGUCUUUGAAGACAUGAGAGAUGCCGUGAGCCAGUACCUCGGAGGGUGCUGA